UCACAGGACACCUGACUGCAGAAAGCUGUACUCAUUUACCAGUGAGGGAUACUUCUUAGUGACACCCAGUCACUGCUCAUUUAGUGGGCUUUUGGCUUCCUUGUGCUCUUCUCUUCCCCACACUUCAAAACAGACUGAAAACUGGUGAUGUGCAAGGAAAAGGCACUGAAUAUUCCUCUACCUUACAAGUGAUCUUGCUGCUUCUGCAAGACAUUAACAGAACCUUCAGAACCUUAAGAAAAAAAGGUCAUGGAUAGAAAGAGAUGCUUAUGGGGUUUUCUGCAGCCCCUUGUUUUGCCCCCAUGAAGAAAGCUUGACAGCAAGCCCCAGGAUGAUCUUUUAUGGUUUUUAACAGAAAAAUAUCCAGCCCCUUAAUGGCUGGGGCACUACAAAGGCGAUGUCCUAUCAGCUGAGCCAUGACCAGGCAUGUGAGGUUGGGUGAAUGAGUUCUGGAGGUGAGGGUCUGCUGUGUUGCAGCUCCCUGAGGAAAGCAGUUUCCUCCCUUUCUGUGUGCCUGACAAGAUGGUCUCCCAGUGGUGCCCAGAGCCAGCACCCUGCCCUGCUGCUGACUUGUGUUGUGGCAAAGUAUAUCAAAACCCCUACUAAACAUUAACCAAUAGAAUCAAGCUCUUUCUUCUUUUUCCUUGUUUAUUUUUCAGUUUCUUUCCCCUCCCUUGGCCAUGCUGUAACUUUUACACCAGCUUCAGGCUUGCACUCCUUUGGUCAGAGCUUAAUCUGGGACUCCUUGCCCUGCCACAUGAGCACUGGGGACCGUGUCAGUGGAUAGUGACUUCCACCAAAAAUGUGACCACCAAGUGUCCACAAACGCUGUUGCUGAGCUGUAAGGUGCAACUGUGGACAGCCCCUCUACCAAAGUCCAUGUCAAAGCCAUCUGUGGAAAGCCAGAUAUGUUUUCUUUUGGGCAGUUGCCAUCUGUCUCAAUGCUUUAUGGCUUUUCACUUCAAUAUUAAUUUCUCCUCAAGUUAAUCAGUAAACACGCUUUGCUGUAUUUUGCCCCGUACCCUCUGAAGUGGCAGGAGCAGUUUGGGUCCCACAUGUCAGCCUGUGGGGCUGGUGGUGUGGGGCAGCUCCCCCAUGACCCCCAGAGCAGGGACUGCCUCCAGUGAAGGCGUUGCUGGUACGUUGUGUGUCAGGUGGAACUUUUAUAAGUGUUCUCAGGAGCUUUGGCCCUGGAAGGGAGACUGCACCAGGGAGAGAACCACCGGAAUGAAGCAUGUGGAGGGGGUGAAGUGGAUGAAGAUGAGACGCCAUAAACUCUUUCUGACUCUCUGCAUGGCUGGUCUCUGCCUCAUCUCCUUCUUGCACUUCCUCAAGGCCCUUUCCUAUGUCACCUUCCCCAGGGAGCUGGCUUCGCUUAGUCCCAACCUCGUCUCCAGCUUCUUCUGGAACAAUGCCCCCGUCACGCCCCAGGUCAGCCCUGAGCCGGGGGGUGCAGAGUUCCUCCGCACACCUUUGUACUCCCACUCCCCCUUGCUCCAGCCCCUGUCCCCCAGCAGAGCCAGCGAAGAGCUGCACAAGGUGGAGUUCGUGCUGCCGGAAGACUCAACGGAGUACUUUGUCCGUACCAAAGCCGGCGGCGUUUGCUUUAAGCCAGGCACCAAGGUGCUGGAGAAGCCGCCGGCGGGAGGCCGGCAGGAGGAGCGGGCGGAUGGCGCGGCCUCGGGGCGGCCGGCUCGGAAGCCGCUGAGCGCCGGCGGAGCCAAGCGGCGCAAGUGGGUGGAGUGCGUGUGCCUGCCGGGCUGGCACGGCCCCAGCUGCGGGGUGCCCACCGUGGUGCAGUACUCCAACCUGCCCACCAAGGACCGCCUGGUGCCGCGGGAGGUCCCCCGGCGCGUCAUCAACGCCAUCAACGUCAACCACGAGUUCGACCUGCUGGACGUCCGCUUCCACGAGCUGGGAGACGUGGUGGACGCGUUCGUGGUGUGCGAGUCCAACUUCACCGCCUACGGCGAGCCGCGGCCCCUCAAGUUCCGCGAGAUGCUGCUCAACGGCUCCUUCGACUACAUCCGCCACAAGGUGCUCUACGUUUUCCUGGACCACUUCCCCCCCGGCGGCCGCCAGGACGGCUGGAUCGCUGACGAUUACCUGCGCACCUUCCUCACCCGGGACGGCAUCUCCCGCCUCCGCAACCUGCGCCCGGACGACGUCUUCAUCAUCGAUGAUGCCGAUGAGAUCCCGGCCCGUGACGGCGUGCUCUUCCUCAAGCUCUACGAUGGCUGGACAGAGCCCUUCGCCUUCCACAUGCGCAAGUCGCUCUAUGGCUUCUUCUGGAAGCAGCCGGGCACCUUGGAGGUGGUCUCGGGCUGCACCAUGGGGAUGCUCCAGGCCGUCUACGCUACCGACGGGAUACGUUUGCGGCGCCGCGACUACUACACCAUGCCGGGGUUUCGGCAGUACGAGAACAGCACGGGACACAUCCUGGUGCAGUGGUCGCUGGGCAGCCCCCUCCACUUUGCUGGCUGGCACUGCUCCUGGUGUUUUACCCCAGAGGGGAUCUACUUCAAACUGGUGUCAGCCCAGAACGGGGACUUCCCCCGCUGGGGUGACUACGAGGAUAAGCGCGACCUCAAUUAUAUCCGGGAGCUGAUCCGGACUGGUGGCUGGUUUGAUGGUACUAUGCAGGAGUAUCCCCCUGCUGACCCCAAGGAGCAGAUGUACGCUCCCAAGUACCUGCUCAAGAACUACCAGCGGUUCCGAUACUUGCUGGAGAACCCCUACCGAAAGGUGGAGGGUGCUGGGUGAGGCCACCGAGGCUCAGGUGGGAAAUCAGAACUUCACAACAAAGGGAAAGAGUCAGGUGUUUUCAUCUGUUCCAUUUCUUCUUUUGUUUCCUUUGUUUAUGGGCAGGGCGUGUUGUUUUUUCUGGGGCCUCUUCCCUCCCUCGCUUCCUGUUAUUCUUCCCUUCAUCCCAGGGUGAUGCCUGGGAACCCAAAUUCCUCAGUCACAUGAAGGGAGGCCUGGACAGGAGGAAGAGAGAUGUUGAGGACCUGUUCUGUAGUAGCAUCAAGACUACCUUGCAUCUUCUGAACCUCUCCUGCUGGCUGCAGAGAAUCUCUGCAGCCAGCUGGCUGAUUUUCCUCUGGGGGAGGCUGAGAGGGUCCCGUGAGGAGAGAAGGCAGCUGUUCCCAUCCACCCUCAUCCUUUGUGGAUUGGAGCAAGCAUAGAUGCAAGCCUGGGCUAUUCAGUGAGCGUGUGAGUCAGCAGGCACAAACUCUUGUGAGUGGUUGCGUGUGCAGAUGUGUGUCACUGGCAUUUUUUGGAUGAGUGAACGUGCAAAAGCAUCUCAGUGUGCUUUUUUUUUUUUUUUUUUUUUUUAAAUACCUCUAUAUUCAAAGGGUAUUUAGGGGAAGGGAAAUCCUUUGCUUCCAAGGUGUCCUUCUCAAGAUGCAGCCCUUGCACAGGCGUGGGCUGGCUCUUGCCCCAGUACUCUACCAAACUUGGAGCAGACAGAAUAGGAAGUAGAGGAGAAACCUGGGUUUUGAGGUUUUUUUCUGCUCAUUUUUACCCCCCUGCCCCCACAACACUGCAUGGACUUGUCCUACAGAAGCCAAAGCAUCUUCCCUGCAGUACAUGCUUCUGUUGGGGCUGGGAUAAGCUGCAGGGGACUCAGUCAGAUGGUGGGAGUGUAUGUUUGCAAGUGCAUGGCUGCCUGUGUGCAUGAGUGCCCACAUGCAUGGAUUUGGUGUGCACCUGGGUGUUUGUUACCAGUGUUGGGGGAGGGAAGAGGGCAUAGUGGGGUUUGGCUGUGUGUGCUUUCAGAAAAUGUUGGGAUCUAGAAGCUGAUCUCAGUGUUGGUAUGGAUGACUUCUUGGGCAAUUUGGAGGAGAGGACCAGAGCAGGCACAGCUUGGCUCUGCACAGCAGUGCUGCACACAUGGGACUGUUGCAUGCCUCUCUGGCUGCCUGCAGACUGUGCCUAUAGCACAGUGCUGCUACUCCUUACUUACCAGGGGGUAAUAAAAGGGAGAAGAGAAAGGGCAAAGUUCUAAUUGUUGUAGACAAACAAAGCCUAUCAGGGCACGGGAUCUGUCUGCUGUUAGGGUGUGAGGGAGCUCUUGAAGAAACAGGCCAUGGGCCGAGAGACUGUUAGGGGAGCACAGAGUGUGUGCAGCCCACAUCUGCAGCCUGGGCCAUGCAGACAAGGCCAUGGAGAGGAGAAGGGAUUUAGGAGGGUGCUAGUUGCAGCUGAUUGGGCUGGUGUCUGCUCAGGCAUGGGCUGAGGAGCUGGCCUGCUGUUGUAUUGUUCAGCUCACUGAGAAGGCAGAUUCUUGUCUCCACCCUUACCACCACCCUUCCUUAGCAGAUGGCUUGACAAGGUGCCCAGAGCCUGGGUCACAGUGGGCAGAGGGUGAAAACAUAAUGAACUUGCUCUCUUAGCCUUCAGUGGAAAGACUGACUCAUGUUCCAAGCAGAAGUCAUAUGGAGGAGGAUAAAGAGAGAGGCCUUGGCACAAAGCAGUGUGGCCCUUCUGGCCAGCUGUUCUAAAGCAGAAGGGUUUUUAUUGCCCUGAACUCCAUCAGGGCUCCAUGGUCCUGUGUGCCACCCUUGUGCUUCAUUCCUACCUGUGUCUCUCUCUCUUUUUUUCCCUCUUAGUCCCUCUCUAGAGAAGAGAAAAUUGUCAACAAAAACCACUCGCUUGCCUAAUAAGGCUGAGACUGGAAUAGAAAGAUGAACGUCUUUUUCUGAUCAAAUUGAGAUGCAGCUCACCUUAGCUCCUUCCACAUGUUGUGUGCUAUAAUGCCUGCUUAGAAGAACUGAAGGAACCUCUUUUUUGUUACUAUUUUUAGUUUAAUUAAAAUCACUGUUCUCAGUUUUGUUGUGUCUUCCCCAAAGGCAGAGAAGCCCCUUUGGGAACUGGGUGGAGGAGAAAAACUUUGCUUGGCAGAAUGCUCUUCCACCAAAGGGAAGUUGUGGCUUUUUUAAGUCCAGACUUACUGAUGCAGCAGAGGGAACUCCUGUCACAGCUGUGGGGUUCUGGUACUGAGCCACUGUGUGGAAGUCUUAGGUGUAGGGGGAUUAUAGAGAGAUGGGGUCCCAGCUGAGAAAGCAGGAGCCUGCACUGAGCGAGAUAAAAGCCAUAGCACUGAGGAUGCAGCACAGGAGGAAGAUGCUUUCCCCAGGGGCAGCUGGAGGAGAGCAGGUGUGUCAGCUCAUACAAUUCAGCAGCAGAAAAGUACAGAAUGAAGAAGCCAUUUCUCAUUUUUACUCUGAGGAGGAAGCCUGAGCUCCACUCUUGGACAUUUUGGCUUUGCCUAGGCUCAGUGAUGAUGAUAAUACAAGGCCAGUGCCAGGCUUUGCUGGAGAUAGAGGAGAAAGACAAGCCAGUCUCUGUGUGGGUGCUUUGGCAGCACCAGAGCCCCAUUUCACAUGAGCUGAAGUUCACAGAUGCUGGAGCUACACUUCCUUAUCUCCCACAGUGGGAGCAGCCUCUCCUCCAAUAUCAGCCCUUCCCAUUCACAGCCAUCCUUGGAGAUUUUUAGUGCACAACAGUCAUAUUUUCAGUGUUGAGGUACAGCCCUUGUCUCUUGGGAGUUUGAUAAGCCUACAGCUGCAGUAUCUGCUUCUCUGUUGCCUUUUCUUCUCCGCCAUUCUCCUCUUCUUCCUCUGAUUUGCCUCUCACUUCUGCUCCCUUGGGUGUUGCUGGAAUAGGAAUGCUAGAGCUCUUCUGCAGAACUCCUGCCCUGCCUGCCUCCUGAACUUACUCAUUUCCUUAUUCUUAGGAAAUUAAAUUUAAACCAGACUUCUGUUGUAGUGGGAGGAAGGGGCUUUACAGAUGAAAUGCAUUCUUUAUAGUUUCUCAAGAAUUGUUUAAACAUUUUUUGAUUUAAGUCCAAACCAGUCAAUGUUUCUGUCUAAUUUGUCUGGUUAACCCUGUGUUUAUUAUCCUUAGGGAGCUAGAGUGCUUGUCGUUAAAAGUCUUCCUUCUUGUCCCUAGAGGGAAUAGACACUACUAAGCUGGCUUUCACACAGUGGUUUUCCAAGGUGGUGGCUUACCCUCUGCUCAGCCUUGCCUGUGCUACCUGCUGGGACCUCUGCAGCCAGCUCCUGGUGGCACAGCCACCCCUCCAGGCAGCUGCCACCAGAGGGAAGUCAAAAGUGUGUGAUGUGGUAAGAGAGGCAAAGCAGGAGGCAGGUUUGUGUCAGAUCCUUGUUUCCCAGUGCUGGACUCUGAGGUGAGCACUGAAGCUCCUUCACCUGAUCUGAACCAGGUUCUGAGGUUUGAGAAGGGAAAGACCAAGAACCCUGUCGUGGCACUGGACUGGAACUGGCAUCUGACUACCAGAGCCUGAUGUCUGUGGGUUGUUGCAGCCCACAUACAAUGGGCAGUGAAUCCUGUGGUCUCUGUUGGACCAAACUGUCCAAUGGAUGGAGGGAAUGCAUCACCAGCCUUUUCCUGCAGCUCUCUUCAGCUUUGUGCUUUUUCAUUCCCAAAACCUUUUUUACCUUCACGUUGGUAAAAAGAGGGGCCAGGAAACAGGUGAAACAGUGCAUGGCACACCCAAGCCUUCACUUCUUUCUGUCUCUUGUUGUCUUUCUUUGUGCUCCCCACCUAGAAAGAGAUGAUGUGCCUGUGCAUGGCUUUGGACUGGAGAACACCUCUUCCUCUUUUGCCCCAAGUGAAAGGAAGGGCAUGGGCUUUGGUGGACCUGCAGCAGGUGAGCUGCCUAAAGCAGAUUAGGGCAGGUUAGACAUAUUUGCCCGUCUGGGGGUAAUGCCACACCCCAGAAAAAGAAUGACAGAAAAGAAUGGUGACUUUGUGCCUGUGGUUGGUAUGGAAGAUGACUUGCUCAAGCCCACUCUUGCUGUUGCUUUCUCUGAUCCCUGUGUCCUGCUGAGGUGUUUGCUGUUGUGCUGCCCAGGCCAACCUACUCUGUGUCUCUGUGACAAGUAAACAAGGAAACUGAGUUGGCAUGCAGGGGGAGUGUGAGAGCAGAAUGGGUGUUCAUUCCCCUCUGCCUGCCUGUUGUUUCCUUGUGGGAUGGUGUCUCUUGCCCUCCUCAGUGUCCCCAGCUGUGUCCCAGCUCCUGCUGGCAAUCUCUGUGGCUGCUAUGCCUCUGCACUGUGACGACACGGGUCCAGGGUCACUCCUGGUUCCAGUGGUGAACACUGGUGGUGAAGAGGGAAGGGAUGGCUCAUCCUGGCUUCAUUGACCUCUAACCUUGGUGAGAAAGGAGGGAAGUGAGUGGGAGAAUGGAUCCUGUAUCCCUCCAUCAUUGUGUUCUCCCUAAACCCCUCCUUUCUGAUUUGAGACAUUGGAUAAGCUCACUGCUGAUAGGGGAAGGGAAGGGGGUGGCAGGAGGGGCUCAGAUCCAGAACUGUUUCUAAUGCAAUACACUGACAUUCUAAAGCUUUGGGCACUACAGGUAAUGGAUUAAGAAGGGAUCUGAAAUACUCUGAGACUAGGAAUUCAAACCACUGUUUUUUCCUGCCUGUGUGGAUAAUGAUGCAGUGUCAUCCUGGAGGUGGUCCAGCACCACUUCUGAGCCUGGGGUCCACCUGGACCUACUGCUGGUGUUGCUCCUGGAGGAGCUCCAGGACACCCUGCUUUGGAAAAAGAAUGCGUGGACUUGCCAAAAACUAAAAAGAAAAGAACAAAUAAGAGCAUCUGCAAAGCUCCUUUCAACUCUGUAAUUUAUAAACAGCAAGUAAUAAUGAACUUUUUGUAAGGAUAAAUCAAAUGUACAUUCUGAAAUCAUUUUCUCUGUAAAUGGUUGGAUUUCAUUUCACCCUUAAAGGGAUGCUUAAAAGGAGGAGAUAAUAAUAAAAACUUAAAAAAAUUUACAAAGUAUGAAAGGAAACCAA